UUUUUUUUUUUAACGCAACUCCAUGACUGAUGAUUUUUGUUUCGCCUUAUUACGAUCAACGACUUUACAAAUCUUACAAUCAGUAGGAUUCGAAUCAGUACAACUUAGUUCAGCGGAUACACUUACUGAUGUCUUUGGACAGUAUAUUGAAUUCUUGGCCUCAACAGUAUGCGAAUAUGCUCAUUUGUCUGGUCGAGCAACUGGCAAUUCAUUCGAUGUUAUGGAUGGAUUAUCAGAAUUAUCAAUCGACAUCAAGACUUUAGAGAAUUGGUUAGAACUAGAAGGAAAAGAUUUUACACCUGCAUGGACCGAUCAAUCUGAUCCUAGUUGUGCACUUGAAGGUGUCAUUGACGUACGGAGAAAGAAGUCUGAAAAACCUUUUAUAUAUGAAUACUUGAAUAAAGAAGAAUUAAACAACUGUACAAUAGAAACACUUAAUACAGACGACGACGAAAUCACUACUGACAAGUCAGUAUCAUCAAAAACAACAACAACAACAUUAUCAACACUACCUGAAACAUCUUUACCGAACUAUGUACCAUCUUAUUUACCAGCAUUCCCAAAGAUGAAUCUACUCAACAAGGAAGAGGAUGGAAUAGAUUUAUACGAGAAAAAGGGGGAAACGUUAUUAUCAUCAAGUACAUCAUCCAUCAACCUAUCUCACCCACUAACCGUCAAAAAGAAAAAGAAACCUAUCACCAAUCCAUUUACGCACAUCACACCAUUUGAUGAAUCAUAUAUUGCUACUGACAAGGAUGCCCCACCACUAAUGGCACUCUCAGCACUUAACACAACAACACAAUCAUCGUCAUCAUCAUCAUCAUCAGAAUUAUCUCAUUCGUUAUCAGCUCAACGCGACAUACCAUUAAAACGACUGAUGGACGCAUACGAAGAAGAACCACAACCCCAAAAACAACCAGUAACAAGAUCACUCCCUCAUCUCUUCCGACAAGAUACACAAGAUGAAGCUUCAGCAGGAACUCGAUUAUUUGGACGAUCUAGCGGUUUACUUGGUAAUAUGGUACGGAAUGUAGCACCACCAUUAGCAUUAUCAACUUUAUCAACACCCAACUUAAUGGUAGAUAUGGUGACAACCACUGGUAAUUUAUCAUCAACCAACGCUGAAAAAUCAUCAUCUUCUACUGCAUCAUCUGUAUCCACCAGUGCAGCUCCCAACUUGAUCACCAUACCAACAUUAGAAGCUUUAAAUCAGCGGAAGAAACAGGACAAACAAGAAAAGAAGAUCAAAUUUAAACUUUAGUUUUUGUAUGAUAGUUUAGAUAUUAGAAAAUAAAGGGAAUUUUUUUACGUUGUACUGUCAUGACUUACCAUAAAGGGAUAUUCUAAAAAAUUUGAA